ACAGACGAGUAAAACUGGUGAAAAAUGAAUGACUGGAUUAAUUUAACUUGAUUUUGUGUAUGUGUUUUCUGGAGAUACAUUUAUAAAAGUAAAUCAAUAUAAAGAUGAAAUUAGUGAAAUAUCCGGUAUACAAAACUCUCUAAUCAAUCAUAAUGUGCUGUUUGCUCACAAACAGCUUUUCGUCAAAAUGUCUUUAUUUUAAAACGCUUAGGGUAUCUUUAAUGUAAAUGCGAUUUUAUUUUCUAUUAAUCUUCAGUGAACUAAACUCGGCUGUGAUUUUACACACUUUUAAAGUGAUUUUAAACUUUUUUAAAGAUGACCCACGCCGGAUCUUUUCACGGUGAAACACUGGAUCCGCUCCGGGAAAUGCGCGCUCCCGCUCCUGCUCGGGCUAAGCUAGGCUAGUUCAAAUCUCCCCCCGCUAACCGUCAGCGCUCCCGGUAUCACUGCUCCCGUUAAUGUCGUCCUUCAUCCCCGCGGAGCGUUUCUGCUUCGUGCACACACAACGUCCAUAAAUCAGUAUUUAUUCGGUGUAAUCGAUCGAUCGAUCCGGUUGGUUUCAUCCCCCGAGUGUCUGCACUGACUCCAACCUCACAGCCAAAAUGGCGGACAGCGAGGGUGACAGAACAAUAACAGCCCCGGAGUCGUCGGGGGCCGCGGAUCAGCCCCCCACCGCCCUGAGCGCCCAGCCCGGGGACGGCUCACCAGCAACCCCCGCUGCUCACAGCAGCAAGCCCGGGGAGAACGUAGCGGCGGCCGGCAACCAGAGCGGCAAUCUGAAGCCCGUGUCCGGCACGGAGGGCGACCAGCUGGGCCACAGUGUACCGGUGGCGUCCGGGGCUCAGCUGGCGGAGCUACUGCCGAGCCAGCCGGAGGAGCAGAGCAUUCUGGUGGCCACGGAGUUCACCGACCUGGCUAACACCACCAUCCUGUACGUGCAGCCAGACGGCAGUCUGGUGGAGAGCUCCGGGCUGACGGCAGAGGAGCAGCAGGCGCUGCUGGAGCAGCUCACCAAGCAGCAGGUGGUCCAGGUUUCCGACACCGAGGCGGCCCAGCUGCUCCAGCAGGGCCAGCUGAUCAAACCGGCUCACAGCGCAGCUCUGGAUCCGAGUCAGCUGCAGCAGGUCAUCAACCAGGUCACCAAGUCCCAGCAGCAGCAGGUCCAGGUGUCACAGCAGCAGGUCCAGGUGUCACAGCAGCAGAUCCAGGUCUCCCAGCAGAACCUGAAAGGCCCGAACAACGCCUCCCAGCAGCUGAAGAGCGUGGCCCAGCAGGUGGCCAUGCAGACGGGAAGCUCGAUCCCCUUGAUCCAGAAAAAGUCGGAGCCCGUUAGGAUCCAGAUCCAGGUGCCUCCCAAACAGGAAGUGAAGCCUGGCUCCGCCACCCAGCAGAAGUCGGUCACUCAGCCGCAAGUGAAGCUGUCAGCCAAUGGCAGCGUGAGCAGCACUCAGAUUAUCCACAUCCAGCCCGUGGUUGGUCAGGAGGGUCAGCAGUUCUUCCUGCAGCAGAAUCCUGGAGACCCGCCCAUCCAGCUGCUGCUACAGAGCCCCGCCCCCGUGGUCGGCUCACUGCUACCAUUGGUCCACAAGCUGACAGGCCAGACGGCAUCAGUUGCCUCCAGCGUAGGUCAGAAACCCACGGCAACACCAAUCAGAGUGUCCACGGCACCCACUGUUAAGACCCCAAUCCCUUCAAUAAUUAAGACUCCACCCACUACUGUGGCUAAAACUGUUAGCUUUCCAUUAAUUAAAACACCUGCUAACGGCACGAUGACUGCUGCCCGUAAAAGUCCCAUUAAACCACCUGUCACAGUCACGACAGUCCCAGUACAGACCGCCGCGCCUGCUGCACAAUGUGUCACGGUGGCCACGCCCUCUACAGCCCCUCCCACUAAGGACAGAAGUGAGCAAAAAGAGAAGGAGAAGAAGGCAAAGAAGAGGGAGAAAAAAGCAAUGAAGGUCCAAACCCGGUCCGGGCGGGUCUCCAGACCACCGAAGUACAAAGCCAAAGACUACAAGUUCAUAAAGACAGAGGACCUCGCCGAAAGUCACCAGUCCGACUCAGACGACUACUCUGACAUGAGCGUGGAGGAGGAGGACGGCGAGGGCAGCAGGAAGGAUGGCGCCACGCCCGGCAGCUCCCUCACCUACAGCCACAAGUCUCGGUCCCACCGCUGCCAGACCUGCGACAAGGCCUACAUCGGUGCUGGCGGCCUGAACCGCCACUACAAACUGAACCCGACCCACGGGGAGCCAGAGCCACCUGGCGACCCACCGGGUCCAGACAACAGCCAAUCAGAGGAAACGGCAACAGUCGGCGUCAAUGAGGAGGAGGAGGAGGAGGAGGAGAAAAAUAAGGAUGACAAACCUGCGGCCACGGCAACAAAUAAAGUGGAGGGGGGUCCAGCAGCAGCUGUAGGACUCAGAGGCCUCCAUCAUCGGGGCCCCGGCCGUCCCCGAGGACGAGGGCGAGGCAGGGGGCGGGGACGAGGGCGGGGACGGUCACUGGGGCCGCCUCCUAAGGUGACUGUGGGCCUCGUGAGUAGGAGAGGUCGUCGUGGUCGACCUCCAAAGUUGGGUGUUACCAUGGUAACAGCAGAGCAGCAGGUAGAGAGAAGACGAGAGCGUCUAGAGGAGGUGGUGGAGCAGUGCGAGGAUGAGGAGCUGAUGGACAUCGUUCUUCCUCGUCUGACCAAAGUGAUGAGUCUGUGGGAGCUAAUGCUGGCAAAGGUGGAGCGCGGCGGUCCGGGUCGAACUCAUUUCCCAGACAUUUACCGUGAGUUCGAGUCCCUGCAGGCUCAGGUGAGGCAGGCCGCCCAGGAUUACAUCAGCAGCCCGCAGGGUGGAGCCACGCCCCUGGAAAUCAGGAACAUAGAGGUGGCCAGGUCUCUAGGGAUCCUGGACGAGGUGAACAGGAUGAAGGUGGUUCCUGGAGCGUCUCCUGGCUCCAGUUCAACAAAUAAGAACGUGCGAUACAUGGAGAACUCUAAGAUGCUGCCGCCAUCCAAGAGGUUCAAGAUGGAGAACAGCGUCCCCGUGCAUCACAAUGGCCUCGAGACGCCAAAAACAGGUGGGACCGCGGUGACCUCUGUGACCCCUCUGAAGUCCUGCUCGGUCUCUGUCGCUCCUCUCGUGAUUCCAGAGGGAACCAGACUGUUGACAGUCUCUGCUGACUCCUCCAGCUCCUCACAGGCCCCGCCCCCUGACACCCCUAUGGAAGUGACCCCAGGUGAGGACCAUGACGUCCACCAGGAUCAGGCGUCAAGCUCGACAGACAUCGGACCCCGGGUGACGGAGCUGGAGAAAGCUCUGGGUUCAGGUCCCAGUGACCCCACGAACACAAAGUCAUCUGAGCCCACCCCUACAGCCGGAUCUGUCAUCAACCCUGAAUCCAGCCUGAUCCAGACUCUAAGCCCCUCCCACCCUGAGUUGGGCCCCACGGAGGCCAAAGAGGUGCAGGAGGGCGAGGAGAUCUACAUCCAGACGGAGGGGCUGACGGUGCAGCUGGCAGAACCGGGCUCAGACGGGAUUGUGAUCGUUAACGGGCCAGAUGGAACCACCAUGCACAUUCAGACCCCGGAGGGCGUGCCGCUGGAGGCGGUCCAGGCCCUGCUGGGCAUUGAGGCGUCCGACGGAGCCAAAGCCCCCCAGUAAACACCUGGACCGGAACCAGCACCUGGUCUGUACCACGCUGACUUGUAAGGUGGAGUGAGGCAGUGCUGCAGACAGAAGUACCUGACACCAUCCUGCACCUUCGGCGCCCCCCUCAGGUUUCUGCUGGACUUUACAGCUGUAGUAAACACUGCCACCUGCAGGGGGCGCCUGCUCUGACUCCGCCCUGCUGAGGACAACAGGACGAACAACUCCGUUAACCUGACCCCAGACCGUACCUGGAAACUUAGGUCCGGUCAUUUCUGGUUCAGACUGAAGCUCCUGUUGAUGAUGUUCGCCAUGACGUCAGAAACCAGAGGGAUGGCGUCAUGGCGACAGGUGGUUUCACCUUCAUCCAGGUGCAGUAGCGUGUUCUGCAGACUCCGGGCUCUGUACAGUGCAUCUGAUUGGCUCGUUUAGUGCCACCUGUGAUGAUGUCAUCAGCAGCCUCCCUGGUUUCCUGGACUCCUGAUUGGCUGUGAAUGUGUAAACUUUGUGUCUGGACUCGUUGACCGUGAAGUGAUCCGUUGGAUGUUCAUAUGUAGAUAAAGUUUAAAAAGUUGCACUAUUUUAUUACUUUUUAUAAAAUUCACACAACACGUUCUCCAAACGGGAUGAGAACAUUCGGAGAACCGACACGAGAACAGAGGGAAAAAACGUUGUCCUGUUCGAGUGUUUCCUGUUCCUCCCAAUAAACUAAGCUGAACUCCA